AGUUGGGUUCUUGCAGGAUUUCCUUCCAGCCUUUCCCCACUAAGGUUCUUGGGAAUUAAAAAAAAAAUCUAAACACACAAACCAAGUUUUCCUAUUUACAGUGUUCAGGGAAGGUGGGCAUUUCGGGAAGGGCAGAACCUUUCCCCAAGUUACCCAAGAAGGAAGAGAAAACAGCGUAAAGAAGCUCUGAUGACAGAUCUUUGGAAUUUUCUUUGCUAAAUUUUACAAACGAGAAGUACACCCAGAAUUUUGGGAAUUGCUCCAGGCUGCGCGUGAGGGUUUGAUUGCUUGUCUAAUCUUUUUUUGAGAAGAGGAGAAUUCGCCAAAAGGGGUUUGGAUGGCAGGAGCCCGACUGGGUGUCUGCAGCAGCUCUCGUUCUCAGUCUCUUCCGUGAGGGAGGGUCUCUGCAGCCGGCCCGAGACCCCCGCCGCAGGCUCCUUUUGCAGGCGCCGGUCGGGAAAAUGCCCCGCUCGGGCAGGAGUGCGCCGGUGGCUGCUGGGACUUCCUAGCCCGGUGGGAAGUGUGUUCGUUGUUUGGGAUACUUUUCAUUGAACUGAAGGCGAAAAGACUGGACUCUCCUGGGCUUUUUCCCUUCGCAGUGAAUAUGGGAAAGAAUUAGGGGGUGGGAGGGAGGCAGCAUGACUUGCAGUCGCCGCUGCCCUGCAUCUGCCCCCAGCCCCCAGCCAACAUCUUGAUGUUCCACGUAUCGGCUGUACAAAUAUGAUGAAAUGGCAGCCCCGGAAGAAGGCAUACUUCCGACAGGGCGUUGCCCUCCAGUACCUUGGACGUCAUGCGGAUGCCCUGGCAGCCUUUGCCUCCGGGCUAGCUCAGGAUCCCAAGAGCCUCCAGCUUCUGGUGGGGAUGGUAGAAGCUGCCAUGAAAUCUCCCAUGAGAGACUCCCUCGAGCCCACGUAUCAGCAGCUUCAGAAAAUGAAACUGGACAAGAGUCCCUUUGUGGUCGUGUCUGUGGUUGGGCAGGAGCUCCUGACAGCUGGCCAUCACGGGGCUUCUGUGGUUGUCUUAGAAGCCGCGCUGAAGAUUGGCACCUGCAGCCUCAAACUGAGAGGUUCUGUUUUCUCUGCCCUGAGCAGUGCGUACUGGUCUCUUGGAAACACAGAGAAGAGCACUGGAUAUAUGCAGCAGGACUUGGAUGUAGCCAAGACCUUAGGUGACCAGACUGGAGAAUGCCGAGCUCAUGGGAAUCUGGGCUCUGCAUUCUUCUCCAAAGGAAAUUACCGCGAGGCUCUCACUAGCCACAGGCAUCAGCUGGUGCUCGCCAUGAAACUCAAGGACCGAGAGGCAGCUUCAUCAGCCCUGAGCAGUCUGGGCCACGUGUACACAGCCAUCGGAGACUACCCCAAUGCUCUGGCCAGUCACAAACAGUGUGUUCUUCUCGCCAAGCAAUCCAAAGACGAACUUUCUGAAGCCCGAGAGCUUGGCAACAUGGGAGCUGUGUAUAUUGCCAUGGGUGACUUUGAGAAUGCUGUACAGUGCCACGAGCAACAUCUGAAGAUAGCCAAGGACCUGGGGAACAAGCGAGAGGAGGCCCGGGCCUACAGCAACCUGGGCAGUGCCUAUCACUACAGGAGGAACUUUGACAAGGCCAUGUCCUACCACAACUACGUGCUGGAGCUGGCACAGGAGCUGGUGGAGAAGGCCAUCGAGAUGCGGGCCUAUGCUGGCCUGGGCCAUGCUGCCAGGUGCAUGCAGGAUUUGGAAAGAGCCAAGCAGUACCACGAGCAGCAGCUGAGCAUUGCUGAGGAUCUCAAAGACCGGGCUGCCGAAGGGAGAGCGUCAUCCAAUCUGGGAAUCAUACACCAGAUGAAGGGCGACUAUGACACCGCGCUGAAACUCCACAAGACCCACCUGUGCAUCGCCCAGGAGCUGAGCGACUAUGCCGCCCAGGGCCGUGCCUAUGGGAACAUGGGCAAUGCCUACAACGCGCUGGGCAUGUAUGACCAGGCGGUCAAAUACCACCGGCAGGAGCUGCAGAUCUCCAUGGAGGUGAACGACCGUGCCUCGCAGGCCUCCACGCACGGGAACCUGGCUGUGGCCUACCAGGCCCUAGGUGCCCACGACCGGGCCCUGCAGCACUAUCAGAACCACCUGAACAUCGCCCGGGAGCUGCGAGACAUCCAGAGCGAGGCCCGGGCCCUCAGCAACCUGGGCAACUUCCACUGCUCACGGGGGGAGUACGGCCAGGCCGCCCCCUACUACGAGCAGUAUCUGCGGCUCGCUCCCGACCUUCAAGACAUGGAAGGAGAAGGGAAGGUCUGCCACAACCUUGGCUAUGCCCAUUACUGCCUUGGAAACUACCAGGAGGCCGUGAAAUACUACGAGCAGGAUCUGGCGCUGGCCAAGGACCUGCACGACAAAUUGAGCCAAGCGAAAGCCUAUUGCAACUUGGGCCUGGCAUUUAAGGCUCUGCUGAAUUUCAGCAAAGCCGAAGAGUGUCAAAAGUACCUACUGUCUCUAGCCCAGUCCCUGAAUAACUCCCAGGCUAAAUUUCGAGCCCUGGGGAACCUGGGCGAUAUAUUUAUCUGUAAAAAAGAUAUAAAUGGUGCAAUAAAGUUCUACGAGCAGCAGCUGGGCUUAGCUCACCACGUAAAGGACAGGAGACUGGAGGCCAGUGCGUACGCAGCCCUGGGCACUGCUUACCGGAUGAUCCAGAAGCACGACAAGGCCCUGGGUUACCACACCCAGGAACUGGAGGUGUACCAGGAGCUGAGUGACUUGCCGGGGGAGUGCAGAGCUCACGGGCACCUGGCUGCUGUCUACAUGGCCCUCGGGAAGUACACCAUGGCAUUCAAGUGUUACGAGGAGCAGCUGGAGCUAGGGCAGAAGCUGAAAGAUCCGAGUUUAGAAGCCCAGGUCUAUGGGAACAUGGGCAUCACAAAGAUGAACAUGAACGUGAUGGAAGAAGCCAUCGGCUACUUCGAGCAGCAGCUGGCCAUGCUGCAGCAGCUGAGUGGAAAUGACUCUGUGCUCGACAGGGGCCGGGCCUACGGCAACCUGGGGGAUUGCUACGAGGCCCUGGGUGACUAUGAGGAAGCCAUCAAGUACUAUGAGCAGUAUCUGUCUGUGGCCCAGAGUCUCAACCGGAUGCAGGACCAAGCCAAGGCCUACCGGGGCCUAGGAAACGGACACAGGGCGAUGGGGAGCUUGCAGCAAGCUCUUGUGUGCUUUGAAAAGAGGCUCGUGGUUGCCCAUGAGCUUGGGGAGGCCUUCAAUAAAGCGCAGGCCUACGGAGAGCUGGGGAGUCUGCACAGCCAAUUAGGGAAUUACGAACAAGCCAUUUCCUGCCUGGAACGCCAGCUGAACAUUGCUAGAGAGAUGAAAGACCGAGCCCUCGAGAGCGAUGCGGCCUGUGGCCUGGGCGGUGUUUACCAGCAGAUGGGCGAGUAUGACACAGCCCUGCAGUACCACCAGCUCGACUUGCAGAUAGCGGAAGAGACCAACAACCCCACGUGCCAGGGCCGAGCCUACGGGAACUUGGGCCUGACGUACGAGUCCCUGGGCACCUUCGAGAGGGCCGUGGUGUACCAAGAACAGCACUUGAGCAUCGCUGCCCAGAUGAAUGACCUGGUGGCCAAGACAGUGUCGUACAGUAGCCUGGGAAGGACCCACCACGCCUUGCAGAACUACUCCCAGGCCGUCAUGUACUUACAGGAAGGUUUGAGAUUAGCUGAGCAACUGGGCCGGAGAGAAGAUGAGGCUAAAAUUCGCCAUGGGCUUGGCCUCUCCCUUUGGGCUAGCGGAAACCUGGAGGAGGCCCAACACCAGCUUUACAGGGCAUCGGCCCUGUUUGAAACCAUCCGGCACGAGGCCCAGCUGAGCACCGACUACAAACUCUCCCUGUUUGACCUGCAGACAUCAUCGUAUCAGGCCUUGCAGCGGGUGCUCGUCAGUCUAGGCCACCACGACGAAGCGCUGGCUGUGGCAGAAAGGGGGCGGACAAGGGCAUUUGCCGAUCUUCUGGUGGAGCGACAGACGGGACAGCAGGACUCCGACCCCUACUCCCCGGUCACUAUCGAUCAGAUCUUGGAGCUGGUCAACAGCCAGAGGGGCCUCGUGCUCUACUACUCGCUGGCCGCAGGCUACCUGUACAGCUGGCUGCUUGCUCCUGGGGCAGGAAUUCUGAAGUUUCACGAGCACUACCUGGGUGACGGCACAGUGGAGAGCUCCGGCGACUUCCAGGCUGGCAGCAGCGCAGCCCUCCCGUCGGUGACCAGCUCGGCCCUGGAGCACCACAUCGCCAGCGUCCGGGAGGCCCUGGGAGUGGAGUCCUACUACUCCAGAGCCUGUGCCAGCAGCGAAACGGAGAGCGAAGCCGGGGACAUCAUGGACCAGCAGUUGGAAGAGAUGAACAGCAAACUCAACUCAGUCACUGACCCCACGGGCUUCCUGCGCAUGGUUCGCCGCAACAACCUCUUCAACAGGAGCUGCCAGAGCGUCACCAGCCUGUUCAGCACCGCGUCGCCCACCAAGGACGGGACCUCGUCUCUCCCCAGGAGGCAGAGUGCGCUGGCCAAGCCCCCGCUCCGGGCCCUGUACGACCUGCUCAUAGCACCCAUGGAAGGGGGCCUGAUGCACUCCAGUGGCCCGGUGGGCCGGCACCGGCAGCUGGUCCUGGUCCUGGAGGGGGAGCUCUACCUCAUCCCCUUCGCCCUGCUGAAGGGAAGCUCCUCCAACGAGUACCUGUACGAGCGCUUCGCCCUCAUCGCCGUGCCCGCCAUCCGCUCGCUCAGCCCGCACUCCAAGACUCAGCUGAGGAAGAGCCCGCCCACCUACUCCAGUUCCACGUCCAUGGCGGCUGUCAUCGGCAACCCCAAGCUGCCGUCGGCCGUGAUGGACAGGUGGCUGUGGGGGCCCAUGCCGGCGGCCGAGGAGGAAGCCUACAUGGUGUCGGAGCUGCUGGGCUGCCAGCCCCUGGUGGGCAGCGUGGCCACCAAAGAGAGGGUCAUGAGCGCCCUGACCCAGGCCGAGUGCGUGCACUUCGCCACCCACAUCUCCUGGAAGCUGUCGGCCCUGGUCCUCACGCCCAGCGCGGACGGCAACCCGGGCAGCAGCAAGAGCUCCUUCGGCCACCCCUACACCAUCCCCGAGUCCCUGCGGGUCCAGGACGACGCCAGCGACGCCGAGAGCAUCUCGGACUGCCCGCCCCUGCAGGAGCUGCUGCUCACGGCCGCCGACGUCCUGGACCUGCGGCUGCCCGUGAAGCUGGUGGUGCUCGGCUCCUCCCAGGAGUCCAACGGCAGAGUCACGGCCGACGGGGUCAUCGCGCUCACGCGCGCCUUCCUGGCCGCCGGCGCACAGUGCGUGCUCGUGUCUCUGUGGCCGGUGCCCGUGGCCGCUUCCAAGAUGUUCAUCCACGCCUUCUACUCGUCGCUGCUGAACGGCCUCAAGGCCAGCGCGGCGCUGGGGGAGGCCAUGAAGGCGGUGCAGAGCAGCAAGGCCUUCGCGCACCCGUCCCACUGGGCAGGGUUUCUGCUCAUCGGGAGCGAUGUCAAGCUGAACAGUCCCUCGUCCAUCAUCGGCCAGGCCCUCACGGAGAUCCUGCAGCAUCCGGAGCGCGCCCGCGAUGCCCUGCGAGUGCUGCUGCACCUGGUGGAGAAGUCCCUGCAGCGCAUCCAGAACGGGCAGCGCAACGCCAUGUACACGUCCCAGCAGAGCGUGGAGAACAAAGUGGGCGGCAUCCCUGGCUGGCAGGCGCUCCUCACCGCCGUGGGCUUCCGGCUGGACCCCCCAGCCAGCGGGCUGCCGGCGGCCGUCUUCUUCCCCACCUCCGACCCGGGCGACCGGCUCCAGCAGUGCAGCAGCACCCUCCAGUCCCUGCUGGGUCUGCCCAACCCUGCCCUCCAAGCCCUCUGCAAACUCAUCACGGCCUCGGAGACAGGGGAGCAGCUCAUCAGCCGGGCUGUUAAAAAUAUGGUGGGAAUGCUCCACCAGGUGCUCGUGCAGCUCCAGGCCGGCGAGAAGGAGCAGGACUUCGCCUCGGCCCCCAUCCAGGUCUCCAUCAGCGUGCAGCUGUGGCGGCUCCCGGGCUGUCACGAGUUCCUGGCAGCUCUAGGUUUUGACCUCUGUGAAGUGGGCCAGGAGGAAGUCACCCUGAAGACCGGGAAGCAGGCCAGCCGGCGAGCUGUGCACUUCGCGCUCCAGGCCCUGCUCGCUCUCUUCGAUUCCACGGAGCUGCCCAAACGCCUCAGCCUCGACAGCUCCUCCUCGCUGGAGUCCCUGGCCUCCGCGCAGUCGGUUUCCAACGCCCUGCCCCUGGGCUACCAGCAGCCCCCCUUCUCCCCCACCGGCGUGGACAGCAUGGCCUCGGAUGCCAUCUCUGUGUACAGCCUGAGCUCCAUCGCCUCCUCCAUGAGCUUUGUCUCCAAACCCGAGGCGGGGUCAGAAGGCGGAGGCCCCAGGCCCAAGAAUGCCCACCCGCAGAGAUCCACCCUGCCUCGCGGCCAACUGUCACCACAGAGCCGCCCCACAGGCCACAGGGACGAAGAAGAAUACGAAGGGUUCUCCAUCAUCAGCACGGAGCCCCUGGCCUACCAAGAAAACAGGAAGGGCCAGGGCCGCUUCUCCCCAGACCACAGGGCGCCCCGAGGCGGGCCGGCGGGCGGGGCCAAAGUGUCCCUGAGCUCCAAGGGCAGCGUCAGCACGCCCAGCUCUCCGGUCAAAAUGACUCUCAUCCCCAGCCCCAACUCGCCCUUCCAGAAGGUAGGAAAACUGGCCAGUUCGGACACAGGAGAAUCGGACCAGUCUAGCACAGAGACAGACAGCACCGUCAAGUCCCAAGAAGAGAGCAACCCAAAGCUCGAGCCGCAGGAGCUGGCCCAGAAGGUCCUGGAGGAGACGCACAGCCACCUCAUGGCCGUGGAGCGGCUCCAGAGGGGCGGCCAGGCCGGCAAGGGCCACGGGGCCGAGGACGCGCGCCCGGCGCCCGGGGGUGCGGCCGUCUUCAGGGCGUCAGAGACGAGCGCGUUCAGCAGGCCCGUCCUCUCCCACCAGAAGAACCAGGCCUCCCCGGUCACUGGCAGACCCAAGCCCCCCGCCAGGAGCUCGUCCCUCCCCAAGGUGAGCUCAGGCUACAGCAGCCCAGCUGCCUCGGAGGCGUCCAUCAAAGACAGCCCGAGCCAGCACAGCGGCCGCCCGUCGCCCGGCUCCGACUCCCAGGCUUCCCUGAGCGAGCAGCCGCUCUUUAAGCUCAAGUACCCCAGCUCGCCUUACAGCGCGCACAUCUCCAAGUCCCCGAGCUCAGGCCACCAGUCGCCUGCGGGCAGCGCCCCGUCCCCCGCGCUCUCCUACUCCUCGGCCGGCUCUGCGCGCUCCAGCCCGGCCGAUGCCCCCGACAUAGACAAACUGAAGAUGGCCGCCAUCGACGAGAAGGUGCAGGCCGUCCACAACCUCAAGAUGUUCUGGCAGAGCGCCCCCCAACACUCGCCGGGCCCCAUGAAGCUGUUCCGGGGCGCCCCUGGCACCAUGACUUCCAAAAGGGACGUCCUCAGCCUGCUGAACCUGUCCCCUCGGCACAGCAAGAAGGAGGAGGGCGCGGACAAGCUGGAGCUGCAGGAGCUGUCCGCGCCGCAGCGCGCCGGGGUGCCGCAGCAGGCCCCCCCCAACGGACACUGGCGCCCCGAGCCCGCCGGCCCCGCCAGCGCCGCGCGCCCCCUCAGACUCCCCUCGGGAAACGGCUACAAGUUCCUGUCCCCAGGGCGGUUCUUCCCUUCUUCCAAAUGCUGAAGCGUCUUCCCGAGCCUGGGUGCGGCCCCCACACAGCCGCCAGCACCACCUCACGCCGGCGCACUCUGGCCCAGGGCCACUGCCGCCCCAUGCCCGGGCGGCCCCUGGGCCAGGUCCGCCGAACGCCAGGACUGCCGUGGGCCAGGACAGGAGGCUCCCGAUGCGGUCUACACUCGCCAAAUGUUUACCCUCCACUCCCCGCUUCUCCUCUCGGGUGCACUCAACGGGCUCUAGUACAACAGCGGUCACGGGUCUCGGGUGUGGGCAGGCAAGGGCGCAGCCCCUGACACGCGGCUUUGGGUGCUGGCCGGCCGGGGAGGGCAGCACAGAGCCCCUACACGGAGCGCCGCACAAGUGCCGCGCUGGCGAGACCCGCAGGGGCGGCUCCGCGCCACGGGCUCGCCAGCGUCCUCUGGGCCCCUCUGUCAACCAAACUUGAAUUUUCUUAAGAAAUUUAUGUAACUGUUAUCCAGGCAUUUUAGAACUAUGCAAUUGUGAUUUAAAAUGCAACGUUGUGCUUUUAAAACGUUACUGACCUUUUUUGUACAUGGACGAACAACUUGGUUUUGUUAUCAAUAAUACUUUGCAUUUAUAGCUGUUAUUUUUAAAAACUCAAAGUUUUGUAAAAUGUCAAAUUUUGAGGAAUCAUCAAUAAGUAAUUAUCAAGUUCAGGGGGAAAGGUUGGGAAUGACUCAGUUUCUUUACAAGAAGACAAACCUCCAGUGGCUGACAAGGUUAAUGAGAAGUUCGCCUUCCGGCUCCUGCUCCCUUUCAGUAGCUGUAUGAUUUCAUUCCUGCCCAGGCCCCCCAACCCCCUCCACCCAAACCCGGUGCCAGCUCCUGCGACCGCAGCGCCCCGCCUACAUCGGGAGACUCGGUCCCCACUGCCCGCUCCACGGGGAAGGGAGGCGAGGGGCCGGUCUAGUUAGGGACCUUUUUAUUUAUUUUAAUAAAGUACUGAAAUGCUGGAAAUCAUGGUUAGUACCAGUCUAGUUGGACAAGUGAGAUAAGUUUCUUUUCGACAGCUCCAAAAUUAAACCCUGACCAUCCUCACAGUGAGGGCACACGGCAGGGGCAGGAGAGGCCUGGCCGGAGGCUCGACCUCAGGAAGGCUUCUCCUCCCUGGGUCCUUGGCCUGACACACUCCCACUCGGAUCCCCCUGGAAGAGAGGCUAUAAACAGUGUGGUCGCAGAGGGAAGAGGAGACAUGAACGCAAGCUUAGGGCUCGAUAGCCCAUCUGCAGACGGGCGCACGCAGACAGCCGUGAAGAAGCUCAGCGCAGACCAACCCCUAGAUCCCAAGGACACUGCUGUUUUUGGUUUCAGACAGUACUUGUGAUUUAAAAAAAAAUUUUUUUUUGGUCCCAUGUAUAAGUUCCAAGGAAGAGCAGCAAAGCUGGUAAAAGCAGAGGACCCACUGCAGGUCCCAGAACCCCACGUCCCAGGCAGCUGCCCGUCCGCACGUCUCCACCUGAGUGAAGAGCACACAGGCACACAGCGGAGCGCAUUGUUCAGCUCACGCUGAGGGCUGCGUGCGCUCACAGUCACGCGAGAGGUCGGCCCUGUGCUCAUCCCGGCUUAGCCACGGCCACUCCAGCCGCUGUCUGGUCACCCACACGUCGGGUCUGGCCACAAGCCAAGGAUGGAAUUUGACCUUGUAAAAUGGUUCUAUAAAUACCUACAUAAUAGUCUCCACUUUGCCUCUUAGCCCACAGAGCCUAAAGUAGCUCAUCAGGGCCUUUUAAGGAGAAGUUUUCUGACACCCGGUGCAGACGACGUGAAACACAAAUGGAGCUGGCUGUGCUUCCACGGGCUCGCGGGAGCCUCAGGGAGCGGGCACCUGAGCACAGGAGAGCGCCUGGGUGGGAGAGAGGACUCCUGAGCAGCCCCUGGCUUUUCACCCCACAACCUCCCCUGCUUGGGAGGCGUCAACAGUUUUGCUUCCCACGUGCAGGCAGCAUUGGCUAGAUUUUUUUUUUAGCUCUGGAAACUGGGAUGCCCUGCCCCUCCUGUACCCCAUCACAUGCAGAGACUGACACAAGCAAUAACCCCUCUUAGAAACCCUGGCGCGACCGCAAAGUGAGCGAGCCAGCUACCGUGAUGCUCUGAACUCGGAUUCCCAGGACAGAACGCGCUCCUAAACGGACGCUUCGAUCCACAUUGGCAUGCAGCAAAGUGAAACAGUUCUCACCCCAGGCCCGUUUCUGAAACAUCGCAGCCCGCACUGACCCAAGAUGAAGUGUCACCGCACAGUCCGGCCCCCACCCUCCUCUGCCCCGGGGACCCCUGGUUGGUGAGCACUGGCAGUCCCUGGUCCAACCUGUCCAGCCACCUCCCAGCCACACGCGCUUGCACACUCACAGGAGCGGCAGCCUGGUUAGUUUGGGUUCAGGCUGGAGAAAUCCGAUGCAAUAAUCUGGUUUAAUUUAGUGAGUAGGCAGAGAGGAACAACUGUGUAAUUUUCAUCGCCUGUUUUGUCGUUUUAUCUGAAAUGUACCUGUGGUUUGUGAACCGAGCCCCCGUGUGCACCAGGCCCAUCGGCACCCCCGUGCUCCCCCCUCGGACGCCUCCCACUCGCCACUCACGCUCCUCACGCGCAGUGUUAGCCACCUUUGGCCUCUGUGGACGUUUUUGUAAACAGCGCGGUUUCCAGACGGCAUUCCACUUUUUCUACUGCAGAGUUUACCGUGGAAGAGAGCUUCCUAUUUUUAUGGAGACUGCUGAGGCACUUGGCCUUCUUCCUUUGUGAUUUCAGUGUCUAUUAAAGCAUGAGUUCUGAUGUUUUAA